AUGCCGGGUCUCUGCCUUUCAUCUGUAGCCAUGUUGGGAUGGAUCACACUCAGGCUCUGGAUCUCAGGCUCUCAGGGCUGCUAGGAGCCCUCUGAAGCCUUGGGAGCAGGCCAGGACUCACCCCCUCAACACAAACACACACACACACAAGAAUUAGGCCUCCAAAUCUCUCAGGAUAACAGGAAAUAUGGAUGGAGUUUCCACAUCAAACGCAGAGGAGAGGAGGGGUGUUUGUGUAUUGUGGGAGGGGGGGAAAGGGAAGGAGGAGAAGAGGAGGGGGAACAUCAAUCACACCUGAGGAUCCACUUUCACUGCUGACACACACACACACUGAGUCAAUGACAAACACUGGUGGUUUUGUUGUGUAAUGUUUGAGAUGGGUCAACUCAUUGCUCUCUCUAUUCCAUCUGAAAGCAAAAAAAAAAAAUCAUCAGGAAUGUCAUGAAUAAAACCCCCAUUAGUUCUAUGCCAACUAUUAUUAAACAGUGGACCUUUCAUUUAGAAGUGAAUCUCUGAUUUUCUCCCUCAAAAUAGCCUUAUAUUCUCAACAUAAGGCUCUGGCUCUGCACUCUUCUACUUCAGCUUUAGUCAAAUGUGACCGACUGGGUUCCAACCGGGUUUCCUGUAUGCAACAAGGUUGUGUUAGCCUGCUGAGCUAAAGCCUAGUGUUCGGGUCUCAGACAAGGUUCAGCAAACUACAAUCGAUACACAAACAUAGAGACAAACCCACAACAUUCAAUGACAAAUUAACUCAUUUACUGCAGUGUGUUUGGUAAAUACUUGUGCCAUUGUGUUUAAGUGUUUUCAACUUGUUGCUGUCUGUUUGUUAGUAGGUUUGUUUUCAUUAGCUGUGUUUGCACACCAGUGAUUGUUAUUGGACUUUGGGUCUUGGCUUGUGAGGAAAUGUGUGUGUGUGUGUGUGUGUGUGUGUCUGGGUUGGUUCUUCUAUCUUUCUGGGGAUCUAAAAUCCCCAAAAGAUUUUGGUAAUGGUUAGGGUCAGGGUUGGAUUUAGGGUUAGGGAAAAUAGGAUUUUGAAUGAAAAUUAAUUUUAGGUCCCCACGAGGAUAGAAGAACACAACGUGUGUGUGUAUGUGCGUAUGCGUCUGAUUCCAUCUAGUGGCCAAACCCUGGCUAAACCAUUUACCUUGCUCUGUGCUGGGGCCAUGAGAGCACAGAUGGAAUUAAAGUUAUAUAAGGCUGUUGUGAAUCUAUGAAGGAGCUUUAAAGGGGCAAUCUGCUGUUCAAACAAUAACAAAACAUCAAUCUGCUGCUGUUUGGUAAACAGCUGAGGGACGAGGCUGGAAAAAUGGUAUAACUCUCAAAUUCAUAUACAGAAUGAUGCAAGGACUGACCCAUUCAUGAUAUCAAUAUUAUAGUUUUAAAAAUGUUUUGCGGCAACACAGUGUUUGUUUACAAUGGCAUUGUUUACAAACAUGCUUAUAUUUUGGGUUCUGAUCAGUUACUAUGCUCACAAGGCAUUUAUACGUUUUAUUCUUCAAGAAUCAGUGGGUAGGCUAUAUAUAAUUAAUUUUCAACUCCAAAAAUGGAUGUAGCAAUCACAGAUUGCCCUUUUACAUAAAAAAUAAUAUGAAUUUAUUCAACCUUUAUUUUACCAGGCAGGUCAAAAAAGAACAAAUUCUUAUUUAGAAUGAUGACCUGGGAAGUGAGAUGCAGUAGGCUCCUAUUCAACAAAAGAACUUGCUCUAUCUCUAAUGUUGUCUAAUAAGAAAUGUAAUGCUAUGUUAUUAAAAGUGCCAGUUGAGACAUUCCAAACCCUUGUAGACAGUAAACCUUAUGAUAAAUCGAGAGCUUGGGACAAAAUUGAGUUAAUGCCAUAGCCUUGUUUUGUUCAAUAUUCUCUAUCUAUAUAGUACUCUAAAUACCCAAGUUCAUGUUCUUUAAUUCAAAAGAAUACAAGAUAACAAUUGCUGACACCAUUCAAACUAAUGAGGGUUCGGAACAUUAAAGCCAAUUAUCUCAGAAUCAUAUUUUUGCAGAUAGAACCUUAUAGUGCCAAACUUUCGAGAUGUGUGUUUGUCUAAAACCCCAUUUAAGGUCCGUGUUUGAAAUAAGAACAUUAUUUUAUUAUUCUAUUAGAUGGCACAGUGGCUAAAAUAUGCACAAAUAAGCCUGACAUUCAUACCAAACCACUAGGCCAAAAAUUGCAUAGAUCUAUGAUCCAUUGAAAUGUAGGCAUAUUCAAAUCAAAUCAAAUCAAAUUUUAUUGGCAACAUGCGCCGAAUACAACAGGUGCAGACAUUACAGUGAAAUGCUUACUUACAGCCCUUAACCAACAGUGCAUUUAUUUUUAAUAAAAAAAGUAAAAUAAAACAACAGCAAAAAAGUGUUGAGAAAAAAAGAGCAGAAGUCAAAUAAAAUAACAGUAGGGAGGCUAUAUAUACAGGGGGGUACCGGUGCAGAGUUAAUGUGCUGGGGCACCGGCUAGUUGAGGUAGUUGAAGUAAUAUGUACAUGUGGGUAGAGUUAAAGUGACUAUGCAUAAAUAAUAAACAUAGUAGCAGCAGCGUAAAAAGAUGGGGUGGGGGGUGGGGGGCAGUGCAAAUAGUCCGGGUAGCCAUGAUUAGCUGUUCAGGAGUCUUAUGGCUUGGGGGUAGAAGCUGUUGAGAAGUCUUUUGGACCUAGACUUGGCACUCCGGUACCGCUUGCCGUGCGGAAGCAGAGAGAACAGUCUAUGACUAGGGUGACUGGAGUCUUUGACAAUUUUGAGGGCCUUCCUCUGACACCGCCUGGUAUAGAGAUGCUGGAUGGCAGGAAGCUUGGCCCCAGUGAUGUACUGGGCCGUACGCACUACCCUCUGUAGUGGCUUGCGGUCGGAGGCCAAGCAGUUGCCAUACCAGGCGGUGAUGCAACCAGUCAGGAUGCUCUCGAUGGUGCAGCUGUAUAAUUUUUUGAGGAUCUGAGGACCCAUGCCAAAUCUUUUCAGUCUCCUGAGGGGGAAUAGGCUUUGUUGUGCCCUCUUCACGACUGUCUUGGUGUGUUUGGACCAUGAUAGUUCGUUGGUGAUGUGGACACCAAGGAACUUGAAGCUCUCAACCUGUUCCACUACAGCCCCGUCGAUGAGAAUGGGGGCGUGCUCAGUCCUCUUUUUUUUUCCUGUAGUCCACAAUCAUCUCCUUUGUCUUGAUCACGUUGAGGGAGAAGUUGUUAUCCUGGCACCACACGGCCAGGUCUCAUCGUUGUCGGUGAUCAGGCCUACCACUGUUGUGUCGUCGGCAAACUUAAUGAUGGCGUUGGAGUCGUGCCUGGCCAUGCAGUCAUGGGUGAACAGGGAGUACAGGAGGGGACUGAGCACGCACCCCUGUGGGGCCCCUGUGUUGUGGAUCAGUGUGGCAGAUGUGUUGUUACCUACCCUUACCACCUGGGGGCGGCUCGUCAGGAAGUCCAGGAUCCAGUUGCAGAGGGAGGUGUUUAGUCCCAGGAUCCUUAGCUUAGUGAUGAGCUUUGAGGGCACUAUGGUGUUGAAUGCUGAGCUGUAGUCAAUUAAUAGCAUUCUCACGUAGGUGUUCCUCUUGUCCAGGUGGGAAAGGGCAGUGUGGAGUGCAAUAGAGAUUGCAUCAUCUGUGGAUCUGUUGGGGCGGUAUGCAAAUUGGAGUGGGUCUAGGGUUUCUGGGAUAAUAGUGUUGAUGUGAGCCAUGACCAGCCUUUCAAAGCACUUCAUGGCUACAGACGUCAGUGCUACGGGUCGGUAGUCAUUUAGGCAAUUACAUAAUCGGAUUGUCACAAUUUUCCCACCAGCUUUUAACAAUAAACUGUGGGGUUUGUAACUAUAGCUCAUAGCUAGUCCAAUAGCCAGAGGUAGACAGGUGUCACUCAUUUGAAAUUGGAGAUGUGGAUUUCAAGACCGGUAUAGUAUAUUCUCAGUGAUAUAAUUAUGUAAGGGAUAAUCAACGAGGGGCUAUGCGUUCUCUGGAGAAUAAUGAAUGAUGUGGAAGGUGUGUUCCACCACGUACUAGCGAAGUGGAACUAACCUUCCACUGAGUUAUAAUUGUAAUGGCUUAGCAGAUAAUAACAAAAGAAGAACAAUAUUUACAUGGUUCAAAGAGAAGGAAUAUGAUAUCUAUUGUUUACAGGAAACUCAUUCUACAAUUCUAGAUGAAGUUGUGUGGAAAAAGGACUGGGGGGGGAAUAUACUUCUCCCAUGGGCAAAGAAACUCAAAAGGGGUGAUGAUAUUAAUUAACAGUAAUUUCGAUCCAAAUGUGCAAAUUGUCCAAACAGAUCCGCAAGGUAGAUGGAUGAUUUUAAACAUGUUAUUGGACCAUAAACAGAUAUGGCUCAUUAACCUUUACAGACCAAAUAAUGAUGAUCCACACUUCUUUGACAAUAUAUAUAAUCAAUUAUCAACCCUGCAAGCAAUACAAUACUCUAUUAUUAUGGUGGGAGAUUAUAAUACUGUUUUAAAUAGCUCAAUGGACCGUAAAGAAAAUCACACUACAAACUAUCACCCUCAUGCUCUUAAGGAAAUCAUGAAUGUCAUGGAUACAUUAGAAUUAGUAGAUAUAUGGAUACUUAAAUGUCCUGAUCUAGUGAGAUAUACAUGGCGGAGACUCAAUCAAGCUAGUUGUCUUGACUUCUUUCUUAUGUCAUUCUCGUUGGCACCAAAAGUUUAAAAAGUGUUGACAGGGGACAGAAUGUGGUCGGACCAUCAUAUAAUUGGCAUAUACAUUACUCUUACUGAAUUUCCACGUGGGCGAGGACAUUGGAAAUGUAAUCAAAGCCUAUUGGAUGAUAACUUGUUUCGUAACUAGGACAGAGGAAUUUAUAACUGCAUUUUUUUGACAUAACAUAGGUACAGCAAAUCCCCUUAUUGUAUGGGACACUUUCAAAUGUGCCUUUAGAGGCCAUGCAAUUCAGUACUCAUCUUGAAAACAAAAGCAAUUUUGGUCAAAAGAGUCCAUACUAACAAAAUAAAUAGAAGGUCUAACAGAACAGAUAGAUAGCAAUAAAAACUGUAACAUAGAGGCUCAGAAUAAAUGAGAGGAAAAACAAAAAGGAAUGGAGAAACUUAUUCAAGAAAGAUCAAGUGUAAUAUAUUAUAAAAAUAAAGCAAACUGGAUGGAAUAUGGGGAAAAAUGCACCAGAUUCUUUUUUCAUUUUCAACAUAGAAAUGCUACCAAAAAGAAGUUACUGAAACUGGUUACAAAUCAUGGAGUCACCCAUGAUUCACCAAAAUAUAUUUUGAAGGAGGAAGCAAAGUACUUUAAGCAUAUGUUUUCGUUUCAGUCGCCUCCAUCUCCUCUAACUGAAGCCAUUUGAAGGGAUUUUUUUUCUUCUAUUGAUAAUGUAAAAUUAACAGCCAUACAGAAAGACUAAUGUGAAGGUGAAAUUACAGAGGAGGAACUUCUGGAUGCAAUUAAAGACUUUAAGUCCGGGAAAACUCCAGGGUUGGAUGGCAUACCAGACAAGGUAUACCAAACCUUUUUUGAUAUACUCAAAGGACCGUUAUUAGCAUGUUUUAACCACUCCUAUGUAAAUGGUAGAUUAUCAGACACUCAAGAAGAAGGUCUGAUUUCAUUAUUACUGAAACAGGAUACAAGUGGGAAAUAUAAAGAUCCAGUCCAUAAAAAAAAUGUUAGUGUUGUGAUGCAAAAAUUCUAGCAAAAUGUAUAGCGCAUAGAAUUAAAAAGGUAUUGUCGCACAUUAUUCAUUCUAAUCAGACAGGUUUUUUACAUGGACGAUACAUUGGAUAUAAUAUAAGGCAAGUACUGGAAACAAUAGAAAGCUUUGAAAAAUCUGGGUAAGGCCUAGUAUUCAUAGCAGACUUUGAAAAGGCAUCUGAUAAAGUACGAUUGGAGUUUAUAUAUAAAUGCCUGAAACAUUUCAAUUUUGGAGAAUCUCUUAUAAAAUGGGUUAAAAUCAUGUAUAGUAAACCUAGGUGUAAAAUAGUAAAUAAUGGCUAUUUCUCAGAAAGUUUUAAACUGUCAAGAGGAGUAAAACAAGGUUGUUCACUAACGGCAUAUCUAUUUAUUAUGGCCAUCGAAAUGUUAGCUAUUAAAAUCAGAUCCAACAACAAUAUCAAGGGAUUAGAAAUCCAGGGCUUAAAAACAAAGGUACGCUGAUGAUUCAUGUUUUCUUUUAAAUCUACAACUUGAAUCCCUCCACAGCCUCAUAGAGGAUCUAGAUACAUUUUCUAACCUCUCUGGAUUACAACCAAAUUAUGAUAAAUGAACUAUAUUACGUAUUGGAUCACUAAAAAAUACAAUUUUUACAUUGCCAUGUAGUUUACCAAUAAAAUGGUCUGAUGGCGAUGUGGAUAUACUCAGAAUACAUACCCAAAUGAAAUAAAUGAUCUCACUCCAAUACAUUUUAAUAGAAAGUUAGCAAAAAUAGAUAAGAUCUUGCUACCAUGGAAAGGUAAAUACCUGUCUAUUUGUGGAAAAAUCACCCUGAUUAACUCUUUAGUAUUAUCCCAGUUUACCUGUUUGCUUAUGGUCUUGCCUAUGCCUAGCGAACAGUUUUUUUUAUUAUAUGAGAAAAUAAUAUUCCAUUUUAUUUGGAACGGCAAGCCAGACAAAAUUAAACAGGCCUAUUUUUACAUUUUAAUAAUUUAACAGACGCUCUUAUCCAGAGCGACUUACAGUUAGUGAGUGCGUACAUUUUCAUACUGGUUCCCUGUGGGAAUCAAACCUACAACCCUGGCAUUGCAAGCGCCAUGCUCGACCAACUGAGCUACAUGGGACUAUUUAUAUAAUGAAUAUGAAUUCGGAGGACAGAAAUUAUUAAAUAUUAAAGCAUUAGACCUAUCACUAAAAGCUUCAGUCAUACAAAAGUUAUACUUAAAUCCUAACUGGUUCUCUAGCAAAUUAGUAAAAUUGUCUCACCCCAUGUUCAAAAAUUGCCUUUUUCCCUUUACUCAGAUUACAACCUCUCACUUUCAGUUAUUUGAAAAGGAAAUCAUCUCCCAAAUAUCACUAUUUCUGAAACAAGCCAUAUAAAGUUGGUUGCAAUUUCAAUUUAAUACUCCAGAAACGACAGAACAAAUAAUGCAACAAAUAUUGUGGUUAAACUCAAAUAUAUAAUUGAUAAAAAGCCAGUAUCUUUUGAAAAAAUGUUCUUAAAAGGUAUAAUCUUGUAAAUUAUAUCAUAGGUAGGACUGGUGGAGUUAUGUCGUACAUGCAUCAAACAAAAAACAUAUAAAAAUGUCUGCUCUACCAAAAAUUACAACCAAAUAAUUGCAGCAUUACCGCAAAAAUGGAAGAGGAAAGUGGAAGGGGGAAAAGGUAAGGAACUUGUCUGUCGGCCCUGCAUUAAAGAACAUUGGUUAAUGAAAAUUGUGAUAAAAAAAAAAGUAUACCAGUUUCAUUUAAGGACCAAAGGAUUGACAGCCGUCUCAUAUAGAUUUCAAAAUAGUUGGGAAGAGAUUUUUGACGCACAGAUUCCAUGGCAUAGUGUUUAUGAACUGAUACGCAAAACGAUGCCGGAUUCAAAACUUAGAAUUGUUCAAUUUAAAGUAUUUAUACAAAAUUCUUCCUACCAAUAGAAUGUUAUUUAUAUAGGGGAUACAAUCUUUCCAGCUCUGCAGAUUUUGCUGCGAAGAGACAGAAUCAUUAGAUCACUUGUUUUUGUACUGUCCAUUUGUGGCUUGUUUUUGGUCACACGUCCAGGAAUGGCUGAAGGAUUGCAAUAUUUACCUGGAGCUAACCCUGCAAAUAGCACUACUGGGUGAUCUGAAAAGUCAUAGUCAAUCGAUCAAUAAUAUAAUAAUAUUAAAAUGUUUAUUUUCAAUUUACAAUCUGUAGAAACAAUGAGAAUAGAAGGGUUCAGAACCUUUGUGAAACAUCACAGUACAGUUGAAAAACAUAUGGCAAAUAGAAAUCCAAUAUGGAUGGUGUUAAAAGAUAGAUGGGAGGUGUUGAAUGGAGCUGAAGGAUGGGACUAAUAACAACUAACAACAACUAAUAUCAGCAAGAUAACUAAUGUAGGGCAUGCUGUGUCCAUAAUAAGUAUAUCGGUUAUAGGUUGAGAGCUUUUGUGAAGGAGCACAGUUGGAGAGAUACGGCGUAUAGAAGCAAACCAGAUGGACAUCAUGAAAAUGAUCGGAGAGGUUGAGGGUAGAGGAAGUUCAGAAGUAAAAACAAACAAAAUAGAAUUAUUGUAAAAUGGACUGUGUCCAUAAAAUGUAUAUAGUAUGUAUGAGCUGGAAGUAGAGGCCUAAGUGUUGUUGUUUACUACAAUUAGGGAAGGGGUGGUGGGGUUGGAAAGUUUAAAAAAAAUCAAGAAUAACACAUGUCAAAAAUGUUAUCAAUUGAUUUACAUUUUAAUGAGGGAAAUAAGUAUUUGACCCCUCUGCAAAACAUGACUUAGUACUUGGUGGCAAAACCCUUGUUGGCAAUCACAGAGGUCAGACAUUUCUUGUAGUUGGCCACCAGGUUUGCACACAUCUCAGGAGGGAUUUUGUCCCACUCCUCUUUGCAGAUCUUCUCCAAGUCAUUAAGGUUUCGAGGCUGACGUUUGGCAACUCGAACCUUCAGCUCCCUCCACAGAUUUUCUAUGGGAUUAAGGUCUGGAGACUGGGUAGGCCACUCCAGGACCUUAAUGUGCUUCUUCUUGAGCCACUCCUUUGUUGCCUUAGCCGUGUGUUUUGGGUCAUUGUCAUGCUGGAAUACCCAUCCACGACCCAUUUUCAAUGCCCUGGCUGAGGGAAGGAGGUUCUCACCCAAGAUUUGACGGUACAUGGCCCAGUCCAUCGUCAUUUUGAUGCGGUGAAGUUGUCCUGUCCCCUUAGCAGAAAAACACCCCCAAAGCAUAAUGUUUCCACCUCCAUGUUUGACGGUGGGGAUGGUGUUCUUGGGGUCAUAGGAAGCAUUCCUCCUCCUCCAAACACAGCGAGUUGAGUUGAUGCCAAAGAGCUCCAUUUUGGUCUCUUAUGACCACAACACUUUGACCCAGUUCUCCUCUGAAUCAUUCAGAUGUUCAUUGGCAAACUUCAGACGGGCAUGUAUAUGCGCUUUCUUGAGCAGGGGGACCUUGCAGGCGCUGCAGGAUUUCAGUCCUUCACGGCGUAGUGUGUUACCAAUUGUUUUCUUGGUGAAUAUGGUCCCAGCUGCCUUGAGAUCAUUGACAAGAUCCUCCCGUGUAGUUCUGGGCUGAUUCCUCACCGUUCUCAUGAUCAUUGCAACUCCACGAGGUGAGAUCUUGCAUGGAGCACCAGGCCGAGGGAGAUUGACAGUUCUUUUGUGUUUCUUCCAUUUAAGAAUAAUCGCACCAACUGUUGUCACCUUCUCACCAAGCUGCUUGGCGAUGGUCUUGUAGCCCAUUCCAGCCUUGUGUAGGUCUACAAUCUUGUCCCUGACAUCCUUGGAGAGUUCUUUGGUCUCGGCCAUGGUGGAGUGUUUGGAAUCUGAUUGAUUGAUUGCUUCUGUGGACAGGUGUCUUUUAUACAGGUAACAAGCUGAGAUUAGGAGCACUCCCUUUAAGAGUGUGCUCCUAAUCUCAGCUCGUUACCUGUAUAAAAGACACCUCGGAGCCAGAAAUCCUUCUGAUUGAGAGGGGGUAAAAUACUUAUUUCCCUAAUUAAAAUGCAAAUCAAUUUAUAAAAUUUUUGACAUGCGUUUUUCUGGAUUUUGUUGUUGUUAUUCUAUCUCUCACUGUUCAAAUAAACCUGCCAUUAAAAUUAUAGACUGAUCAUUUCUUUGUCAGUGGGCAAACGUACAAAAUCAGCAGGGGAUCAAAUACCUUUUUCCCUCACUAUAUGUACAGUGGGGAGAACAAGUAUUUGAUACACUGCCUAUUUUGCAGGUUUUCCGACUUACAAAGCAUGUAGAGGUCUGUAAUUUUUAUCAUAAGUACACUUCAACUGUGAGAGACGGAAUCUAAAACAUAAAUCCAGAAAAUCACAUUGUAUGAUUUUUAAGUAAAUAAUUUGCAUUUUAUUGCAUGACAUAAGUAUUUGAUCACCUACCAACCAGUAAGAAUUCCGGCUCUCACAGACUGUUUUUCUUUAAGAAGCCCUCCUGUUCUCCACUCAUUACCUGUAUCAACUGCACCUGUUUGAACUCGUUACCGGUAUAAAAGACACCUGUCCACACACUCAAUCAAACAGACUCCAACCUCUCCACAAUGGCCAAGACCAGAGAGCUGUGUAAGGACAUCAGGGAUAAAAUUGUAGACCUGCACAAGGCUGGGAUGGGCUACAUGACAAUAGGCAAGCAGCUUGGUGAGAAGGCAACAACUGUUGGCGCAAUUAUUAGAAAAUGGAAGAAGUUCAAGAUGACGGUCAAUCACCCUCGGUCUGGGGCUCCAAGCAAGAUUUCACCUCGUGGGGCAUCAAUGAUCAUGAGGAAGGUGAGGGAUCAGCCCAGAACUACACGGCAGGACCUGGUCAAUGACCUGAAGAGAGCUGGGACCACAGUCUCAAAGAAAACCAUUAGUAACACACUACGCCGUCAUUGAUUAAAAUCCUGCAGCGCACGCAAGGUCCCCCUGCUCAAGCCAGCGCAUGUCCAGGCCCGUCUGAAGUUUGCCAAAGACCAUCUGGAUGAUCCAGAGGAGGAAUGGGAGAAGGUCAUGUGGUCUGAUGAGACAAAAAUAGAGCUUUUUGUUCUAAACUCCACUCGCCGUGUUUGGAGGAAGAAGAAGGAUGAGUACAACCCCAAGAACACCAUCCCAACCGUGAAGCAUGGAGGUGGAAACAUCAUUCUUUGGGGAUGCUUUUCUGCAAAAGGGACAGGACGACUGCACCGUAUUGAGGGGAGGAUGGAUGGCGCCAUGUAUAGCGAGAUCUUGGCCAACAACCUCCUUCCCUCAGUAAGAGCAUUGAAGAUGGGUCGUGGCUGGGUCUUCCAGCAUUACAACGACCCGAAACACACAGCCAGGGCAACUAAGUAGUGGCUCCGUAAGAAGCAUCUCAAGGUCCUUGGAGUGGCAAAAUGCAAAUUAAUUACUUAAAAAUCAUACAAUGUGAUUUUUUGGAUUUUUGUUUUAAAUUCCGUCUCUCACAGUUGAAGUGUACCUAUGAUAAAAAUUACAGACCUCUACAUGCUUUGUAAGUAGGAAAACCUGCAUAAUCUGCAGUGUAUCAAAUACUUGUUCUCCCCACUGUAUAUGUAUGUGAGAGAAAAAAAACAUAUGGGGGAUUGGAAGUGAUGAAGACAAUUACAUUGAUGGAAGUUACAAUCUAUCUGCAAUAUUAAAGCUGAUUUACCCCCCCCCCCCCCCCAAAAAAAAAAAGAAGACAAAAAAGAAAGAAAAAAACUUCCACUGAGUUGCAUUAUUUUCCAGUUGAUCAUCCAUUUUAUAUCAUGGCUAUAAUUUAACACAUUUACCGCUAUAAAUAUGUUCAUUUGCAGGUAGAACUUUGUUCAACAUCCACUGCUAGUAGCUAGCAAGUUUAUAAGAUAGCGACAGUAGUUUCCUUGGUAACCAAACAAACAGAUUUGCUAGUUUCCAUCAGUCAGUCCUAUCUUACUAUGAUGAAAAUCAAAUUCAACAAUGCCAAUAAUGUUUUCAAUUCGACUUUUGCUUUCAUAAGCAGCUCAAAUGUAGAACAUGUAAUAAUUAACUAUAGCCAUUGUAUUCUACCGUGCAAAUGUGCUUCUAGGGAAAUAAUGCACGGUCUAGAAUGCCCUUCAAGCCAAUCAGAAACGAGUAUUCAACAAUAACAUGGUAUAAAGGCUGUGUUCGUAAAUUCAAUCUGGAGUGCCAGAGUGCACUCAGAGUGCGCUCUGGUUGUUCUUAAAUUCAGAGGGUUGUUAGAUUGUCUGUUUGUAAAUUCAGAGCGGUUCGCUCUCGGAGCGUUCAGAGCGCACACUGGACGCUCUGGCGGAGGAGUAGGGUUGAGGCGAGCCUUCUGACCUCACAACCGCAGUCAAGCACCCGAGCUAACUGGCUAACGUUGGCUAGCUUGCUAGCUACUUCCAGACACAAAUGAGAGAACACCUCACUCUGACCAUUUUACUCCCUCUUGCACAGCUGGUUAGGGUGUUUUCAUGUUAUCCAGAGCGUUGGUAACUGUAACUGUGCUGCUGGCAACAAUUUAAUUACGCUUUUUCAACAGGUGUUCUAUGCUCUGGCACACUCAGACGACAGUGCUCUGAAAUCGGAGUAGAUGGCCAGAGUGAAUUUACGAAUGCACCCAAAGAUUGAUACACGGUUAUACAGUAGGCUAUAUUCUCGAUCGAUUUCAUUUGGUUGAGUUGUCAACUAAAGUGAAUUAAAUGUGAAAUCAACAACAAAUGUCACCAUGACAUUGGAUUUAGGUUAAAAGUUGGAUGAAAAAAUAAGAAAUUCCCUUAUGUUGAUGACUUUUUGCAAAUCCAAUCAGUUUUCCACGUCACAUUAAAACAUUUUUGUUAAAAUUAUGUGUAAACAACGUUAAUUCAACCAGUUUUUGACCAGUGGGCCGUUUCUCUGGUGGUAGCCUAGCCUAUAGGCCUUCUGGUGGUCUGGUCUCGAUGGAAGGAUUAUGCGCAGACAUACUCACUUCCCUAUGACACUAUCCCCGUUACCUCUCUCUGAACAAAACGUGUCAGGGGGUGAUCACUGUUUCCCCUGAUCGUGUCAAGGCUGGCAGUGUGUCCGUCUGGCUCAGUGGCGUAAACAGGCCCAUUACAAGCUCAUUGGACUUCAAAAAGGACACCUUAUUAGCCGGCUGGAGGUUAACGGCUAUUAGAAGCGUGUGCACUUCAACGGCACGCAUAGGUGUGGCAUGAGGGAACUGACCUGCCACCUUUGGGGAGGACGAGGAGGAGAGGGGGAGGGGGGUCUAUUACACAGGUAGAUCGCUCCUAGAUCCCAUGACAUUUCCGGCCAUGUCUUCAUUUUCCUUGGAUAUCAAGGUGUCGUGUCUUUGAAUACUCAGGUCACAGCCUUCCAUGUCGUUGCAGCAAGUUCCAUCCCAUCUGUAGGAUAAUAUUGUGGAGAUGUCAAUUGGCUCUUACAAAGUGAAAUUGGCUAAAAUAUCUAUAUUUUCCAACAUUGUUGUUGAUGUAGCCUAUAACUUUAGGUGAAACUGUAAAGAUGAAAAAUAUCAUUAAUGGUUAGGCGAUAUAUCCCUGGUGCGUAAAUGUGUAUUUUCUGUCUCCAACCUGGUUGGAAACUGUAACAAAGUGAAUAGAAAGAAAGAGAAAGGUGUCUCUAAACGGAAUACCUACAAUGACUAUAUCUCUCCUCCUCCCUACAGUGAGCCAGGAUGCUCUCCGCGGUGUGCACAAGGACACUCGGCGGCGCUGGAAGCGCAUGACCUUCAGCAAAGCGCAGCUGGUCGAGCUGGAGAGGGCCUUCUCCCUCACGCACUACCCUGACGUCAAAGUGAAGUAUGCGUAGGCUAAUGCAUGAUAAGUAGGCCUAACUGGAAAGAGAGAAAUAAAUUGCAAACAAAGCAUCCAGCCUAACUACUUGAUCUACCUCUUUCUCAGGUGUGGUUCCAAAAUCGUUGUGCGCGCUACUUCAAGAGCAACAUGCCACAAGAAACCCAAUCACCACCAGCAAUUGACCGUUCAGUUCCACAGUUCCCCUGCACUCCAACCCCCAACCCCACGACCAUGCCUCCCCAAUACACAUCUCUGCCUCCUCGCUAUCCUUCCCCAGGUCUAGCCAAGGCCUCCAAGCUUUCUUCAGGCUGUGUGCCAGGGAGCCAGACUGUACCUGGCACUGCCUACCUCUCCAACCCCCGGAGACCAGGCCACGGGCUACCCACUGGUUAG